UGUUCCAAACAAAAACAAAGCCAGCUUGUCAAAGGGGGCGGAAAGGAAGUUUCGCUUUUCGCCCGUUUUUCAGUUUUCCAAGCUUGCGUGCGCGCAGCUGCAAACAAUUUUCCAGCACGCGCAGCACCCGAGCUGUGGGACAACUGACUGAAUGGCUGGCAGAGUCGUUUGUUGCCUGUUCGCGUAAUGGCCUCCGUGAAAAAUCGGCAGAACAUUUGAAACGGAGCGAAAUAACAAAGGAAAACCAACAGCUUUUCCUCUGCGGGGUCAAGUGAUAAAGGCGAAUAAAAUUAAUCCCAAAAACUAACACAAAUCGAGUGCAAUCAAAAAUCAAACAAACUGUGAUUGUGAGAUCGAAAAUCCCUAACCACACACAAAAGGGGAGGUGCCCCCUAGUAUCAGUUAUCAAAUUUAACCGGAAACCAGGACAGGACACCCACUCAGAGGCAGCCCCAAGAUGUCGUCGGUUAAGGUGGCGGUGCGAGUGCGCCCCUUCAACUCACGGGAAAUAGCCAGGGAGUCGAAAUGCAUUAUCGAGAUGAGCGGGGCCACAACGGCCAUUACCAACCCAAAAGUACCGCCAAACACAAGCGAAUCAGUGAAGCGCUUUAACUUUGAUUACUCCUACUGGUCACAUGAUCACCAUGAUGCCGACUUCUCCACACAAUCGAUGGUCUACAAGGACAUUGGGGAGGAGAUGCUGCAGCACUCCUUCGAUGGUUACAACGUCUGCAUUUUCGCCUAUGGCCAGACUGGUGCUGGCAAAUCUUACACCAUGAUGGGCAGACAGGAGGAGCAGCAGGAGGGUAUCAUACCCAUGAUUUGCAAAGAUCUAUUCGGUCGUAUCCAGCAAACAGAGACCGAUGAUCUCAAAUAUUCGGUUGAAGUCUCUUAUAUGGAAAUUUAUUGCGAGCGCGUCCGGGACUUGCUGAAUCCCAAGAACAAAGGCAAUUUACGAGUCAGAGAGCAUCCUCUGCUGGGUCCCUAUGUUGAGGACCUGUCGAAAUUGGCAGUCACUGAUUACCAGGACAUACACGAUCUCAUUGAUGAGGGCAACAAGGCGCGAACUGUGGCCGCCACCAACAUGAAUGAAACCAGCUCCCGCUCCCAUGCGGUGUUUACCAUCUUUUUCACCCAGCGUCGUCAUGAUGCGAUGACCGAUCUGACCACAGAAAAGGUAUCCAAGAUCAGCUUGGUGGAUCUGGCUGGCUCCGAGCGAGCGGAUUCCACUGGCGCCAAGGGCACCCGUUUGAAGGAGGGAGCCAACAUCAACAAGUCCCUGACCACUUUGGGCAAAGUUAUUUCAGCUCUGGCGGAAGUUGCCUCUAAGAAAAAGAAUGCUAAGAAGGCAGACUUUAUUCCGUACCGUGAUUCGGCCCUGACUUGGUUACUCCGUGAGAACCUGGGAGGUAAUUCCAAAACAGCUAUGAUUGCAGCCAUCUCUCCAGCUGAUAUCAACUACGAUGAAACUCUCAGCACACUGCGCUAUGCGGAUCGUGCCAAGCAAAUUGUUUGCAAGGCUGUCGUCAACGAAGACGCCAAUGCCAAGCUUAUACGCGAACUCAAGGAGGAGAUCCAGAAACUGCGGGAUCUAUUGAAAGCCGAGGGUAUUGAAGUUCAAGAAGAGGAUGAACUCACCAAGUCCACGGUGAUCAAGUCCCCCACCAAGUCCCGAAACCGUAAUGGAUCCACCACGGAAAUGGCGGUGGAUCAGCUCCAGGCCAGCGAGAAACUCAUAGCAGAACUCAACGAGACCUGGGAGGAGAAACUCAAGCGCACCGAGGAGAUUCGUCUGCAACGUGAGGCGGUCUUCGCCGAGAUGGGUGUGGCCGUCAAGGAGGAUGGCAUUACUGUGGGCGUGUUCUCCCCCAAGAAAACCCCACAUUUGGUGAAUCUCAAUGAAGAUCCCAAUCUAUCCGAGUGUCUGCUCUACUACAUCAAGGAUGGCUUGACCCGUUUGGGUACGCAUGAGGCUAAUGUGCCCCAGGACAUUCAGCUCUCUGGGUCGCACAUCCUCAAGGAGCACUGCACUUUCGAGAACCGCAACAGCACUGUUACCCUGUUGCCGCACAAGGACGCCAUCAUCUAUGUGAAUGGCCGUAAACUGGUAGAGCCAGAAGUCCUCAAGACCGGAUCGCGUGUGAUUUUGGGCAAGAACCAUGUCUUCCGAUUCACCAAUCCGGAGCAGGCUCGCGAGCUGCGAGACAAGAUCGAGACCGAAACCGAGGCAGAAAACGAGGUUGAGAAGGCCGACACCCAGCAGGUCGACUGGAACUUUGCCCAGUGCGAGUUGCUCGAGAAGCAGGGAAUCGAUCUCAAGGCCGAGAUGAAGAAGCGAUUGGACAACCUGGAGGAGCAAUACAAGCGCGAGAAGCUCCAGGCCGACCAGCAGUUCGAGGAGCAGCGCAAGACCUACGAGGCACGCAUAGAUGCCUUGCAGAAGCAGGUGGAGGAGCAGUCGAUGACCAUGUCGAUGUACAGCAGCUACUCCCCGGAAGAUUUCCACCAGGAGGAGGAUGUCUAUACCAACCCAAAUUACGAGUCCUGCUGGACUGCUCGAGAGGCUGGCUUGGCUGCCUGGGCCUUCCGCAAGUGGCGUUACCAUCAAUUCACAUCCUUGCGGGAUGAUCUUUGGGGCAAUGCCAUAUUCCUUAAGGAGGCCAAUGCCAUUUCUGUUGAGUUGAAGAAGAAGGUGCAAUUCCAAUUCACGCUCUUGACCGACACCUUGUACUCCCCUCUGCCACCUGAGCUGGCCUCCAGCGUGGCUCCUCUGCAGCAGGAGGACGAGUUCGGAGCUCCACCAGUCUCCAAGACCUUGGUGGCUGUAGAGGUGACCGACACCAAAAACGGAGCUACUCACUACUGGUCGCUGGAGAAGCUACGACAACGCCUGGAACUGAUGCGCGAAAUGUAUCACAAUGAGGCCGAGAUGAGCCCCACUUCGCCGGACUACAAUGUGGAGAGCCUCACGGGCGGGGAUCCCUUCUACGACCGGUUCCCCUGGUUCCGAAUGGUCGGACGCUCCUUUAUCUAUCUGAGCAAUUUGCUCUAUCCCGUUCCCUUGGUCCAUAAAGUGGCCAUUGUCAACGAGCGCGGCGAUGUGCGUGGCUAUCUAAGGAUUGCCGUUCAACCGGUCCUGGACGAGGAGUCCAUUGACUUUAAUAAUGGUGUGAAGCAGUCGGCUCGCUUGGUCUUCAAUGAGGACGAUGCCAAGCCCAAGUACCGAGCUCUUAACGAAAAGGAUGAUGUCCAGAGGUACAUUGAUAAUGGAGGUCUUGAUAGCAAACUUGAUGAACUUGAGGAUGUGGAUUCUGGUCGUGGCAUUGACUCUAACUCAGCUUCUGAGUGCCAUGAGAAUGCGGAGGAACCUGGCGAGCAUCUGCAAGUGGGCAAGGAGUUUACCUUCCGUGUUACUGUGCUCCAGGCCACUGGCAUUGGAGCUGAAUAUGCAGAUAUAUUCUGUCAGUUUAACUUCUUGCAUCGUCAUGAGGAGGCCUUCUCCACCGAGCCGGUCAAGAACUCUGCUUCGGGUGCUCCCUUGGGCUUCUAUCAUGUUCAGAAUAUUACUGUUCCCGUGACCAAAUCCUUCAUUGAGUACUUGAAGACCCAACCCAUCAUGUUCAAGAUCUUUGGACACUACCAGACACAUCCUUUGCACAAGGAUGCCAAGCAGGAGUUUGUAUCCCGGCCACCACCGCGUCGUAUGCUGCCCCCCAGCAUUCCCAUCAGCCAGCCAGUGCGCAGCCCCAAGUUUGGACCCCUACCCUGUGCCCCCACUUCCACGGUUCUGGCCAAGCACGAUGUCCUGGUCUGGUUCGAGAUUUGUGAAUUGGCUCCCAACGGAGAAUACGUGCCAUCGGUGGUAGAGCACAGUGACGAUCUUCCCUGCCGAGGAUUGUUCCUUUUGCAUCAGGGCAUCCAACGGCGUAUACGCAUCACCAUCGUCCAUGAGCCCACUGCGGAGGUCAAGUGGAAGGACAUCAACGAGCUGGUGGUAGGACGUAUUCGCAAUACUCCAGAGUCGUCCGAUGAGCAGGAUGAGGAUGCUUGUGUCCUGUCUCUGGGUCUCUUCCCCGGCGAGGCGCUGGAGGUGCCCGGAGACGAUCGCUCUUUCUACCGCUUUGAGGCGGCCUGGGAUUCUAGCCUGCACAACUCGGCGCUGCUCAACCGCGUCUCCCAGGGCGGCGAGACCAUCUACAUUACUCUCAGCGCCUAUUUGGAGUUGGAGAACUGCGCCCGCCCGGCCAUCAUCACCAAGGACCUCAGCAUGGUCAUAUACGGACGCGACGCCCGUACCGGCCCUCGUUCUCUGAAGCAUCUCUUCUCCGGACAAUAUCGCAACCCGGAGGCCAACCGCCUCACCGGCGUCUACGAGCUGGCGCUGCGCAGAGCAUCCGAAGCAGGUGUGCAGAGGCGUCAGCGGCGAGUGCUGGACACCAGCUCCACGUAUGUGCGCGGCGAGGAGAACCUGCACGGCUGGCGGCCAAGGGGCGACUCCCUGAUCUUCGAUCACCAGUGGGAGCUGGAGAAACUGACUCGGCUGGAGGAGGUGGGCCGAAUGCGGCACCUGCUUUUGUUGCGCGAGCGCCUGGGAAUGGACACCAACCCGAAUCCGACCACCAAGACCGAGAAGGACGUGUGCAAUUUGGCUGCCAGGGCGGCCACCUCACCGGUUCACAUGGUGAUUCCCCAGUCACCGCAAACGCCCAUCAAGGAUCCGCAACAAAUCAUUCCAGAAAGGGAGUACAACCAAAGGGAGCAGGAUCUUAUGCUCAAGUGCUUGAAGCUGGUGCAGGGACGCUACACCAAGAGCGAGGCCAACGACACACAGACCCAGUCGGAUGUCUCGCCCAGCGACGAGGGCUGUGCUGACAUGACCGUCAGCUGCAUCUCCAGCAACUCAAUGGAAAACAACAAAUUUGUAAUUCGACGCAGAUUAUGUUCGCCCGAUCGCUCCGAUGCCCCCAAUGGCUGGGAGGCCCCUGCACCGGCCACACAGCCGGCCCUGCCCCUACGUCUCUAUGUCCCGGAGCUGGAGGAGAUUCGUGUCAGUCCUGUGGUUGCCCGCAAGGGUCUCUUGAAUGUCCUGGAGCAUGGCGGCUCUGGAUGGAAGAAGCGCUGGGUGAUCGUUCGUCGUCCUUAUGUGUUUAUCUACCGCUCGGAGAAGGAUCCCGUUGAACGGGCUGUUCUUAAUCUGGCCACCGCCCAUGUCGAGUGCAGUGAAGAUCAGGCGGCCAUGGUCAAGAUUCCAAACACCUUCAGCGUGGUGACCAAACAUCGUGGCUAUUUGCUCCAAACCCUUGGCGACAAAGAAGUGCACGACUGGCUGUACGCCAUUAACCCCUUGCUGGCUGGGCAGAUCAAAUCCCGCCUGGCGCGAAGGACUUUGGAGCCGGCCAGCCAGACCGUUUCGCAGAUCCAGGCCAACAACGCCGCGAACGCCAGCAGUGCGAACAAAUGAGAUACGAUCACGAUGGAAUCCGUUUUGGUUUACUGAGACGCAGGCUAUGGCUGGCUGCAGCGCCUGAACAUCGCCCGGCAUCUAAUCCGCAGACGCUCACAAUCAGCAACGGGAGCGGGAUCAGGAUCAGGACGAGAGGCAGGUGCUGCGGCUGGCAAAUAAUUGACAUGGCCAGGAAGGAUUCCAUCGGAGGUUUGUGUGAAGGAGAGGCUGGGGCAAUGCUGAGACAGCAAAAUCGAAAUCGAAUGGGAAAAACAGAGAUUAUGAGUUAAAGAGAAACCAAAUGCAAAGCGUACGUAAUUAAUAAGUAGUUCAACAACCAGUUUAUGGAUUAUUAUGUAUUUCGUGAUUAGUUUUUGGGCCGAGGCCCAGAAAACCAGUAGGCAAUGUAGUCGUUCCAGUCAAAAACUAUAGCCUACGUAUUAAAAACCGAUUCAGUUUAGUGUUUUUCGGACCAUUUUUGUAAAUAGCUUUCGUUUCCUUGGAUUGUAUAAAUAUUUGGUAUUAGUUAAUGAAUCGAAUCGUUUAGUUUGGUUUCCCCACGUGAUAUUAUGUUGAUCAGUUUAGAGUAUGUUUAAUUUUUUCCGAAUAUGCGAACAUUAUGGAUUGCUUUUAAUGCGAAACUCACACACACGUAUAUGCAUUUUAAUGGAGCAAACUAAAGCAACACACAGACAUAUAAAUAAAUAUAUAUAAAAAGAAUGAUCUAUAUAUAAUGAAUUAAUGUAUAAAACCCUAUAUAUUUGCUGUUUAUACACAAAUUUUCAUGUACUUGUAUCUUGUAUUGUUUAAAUGAGAAAACAAAAAGAAGAGAGCAGGCUACCGCCGGAGGUAAUUAUGAUACCAAAAAAAUAUGUGUGUGUUGAAGAAAGACCGUACAGUAUAUAGGAUAUAGGAGUCGUGAGGUAUAAGCUCAGCAGAAUUGCGAAAUCUCAACAAAGAUAACGAUUAUUGUUAGAUCUAUAUAUACAUAAAAGCAACCAGAACUAUAUGCGAAUGAAACUAUUUUACACACCAGAGUUAUGAACCAUGAAAAGGCGAUGCCGCCCCAUAUUGUCAACUGUUGACUGCUUUUAAGGCUUUUUCUCCCUCACAAAUAUGUACACCCCCUCUAUAAAAAAAAAAAACCUAAAAAAAAAAGGAUAAAAAAAAAACAGUUUCGCUUCGAUAUAAUGCUCCCACUCGGAACCACCUGCAAAAGCUUCAAGCAACAAGUUUAUGGAACAACCAAUUGUAGUUUUGAUAAGAGUCUUAAAUUAGUAUGCAAACGGCCACCUGUACAUUUCCCCGAAAACCAAAAACCCGUAAAAACGAACCCAAAAUUUAAUGCUUUGCUUGCCAUUCAAGAGUUACGAUUAUGAAAUUUAAUUUGCAUUAAGCCUUCGGUUGGAGGACGAGCUUAGGUCGGUAAAUGGAUCAAUUUAUUUGGGGGAGACAACGGAGCCUGACUUGUGCCUGGAUCACAAGUCGCCAGGCUCACCACGUUGUAGGAAGGACGCUUUCGUUUGUGUCCACCACAAGGACACAGAACGUUAAGUGAUCGCUGCUGGAUCGGAUAAUACGAGGUAUCGUGUAUCGUUUGGGUUUUGAGCAAAUGAGUCGGCGUUUUCGGUUUUAAGUUGAUUGUAGCAAAAUGUAAACAUUUGUUAAACUAUUGAAUUAAUUUCGAAUUGUAACAUAUUAGAGAAUUGUAAUUACAAUAAUCAUUAUAUGAGCAUAUAUAUAUGAUAUCUAUGUAAUAAUCCUUUUGGCCCAGUUUGAAUUAAACAAUUGCACACACAGACACACAGAGAGCUAUCCGUUAGCCAAAAAAAAAAAAUAAAACAAAAAGAGAGUUAACGAGCAAGAAACUCCACUUAUAUAUGCGUAUAUGGUACAUACAAUACAUUUCAAAAUCUAUCCAAAUAUAUACAUUGGCUAUAUAAUUAUAUAUCUAUGUGUAUGUAUGAGAGGAUUGCCUGGCAACCAUUCCCAGUGGCUGAGAAGCAAAACCAAUGCGGAUCACAUUGCAGGAGUGCAAGCGGGAAAAUAUUGAAGUAUUGGAGAAUAAAAAUCCGGAAUGAAAUGAAAACCUAUGCUAUGUGUAUGUAUAAUCCAAAAAAAAAACCAUUGAUAUAUGCCAGGGCGUAUCACUAUUAAAGAAAUAUAAAAUAAAACGGCUUUAAAUAAAAUCUGUAAAUUACUUGA